GGAAACUGUCUUUCUCUUCUCUCUGCUCGUCUCUGCUUCUUUUUCUCCCGCUUCUUGGCCAUGACCCCGCUGGACACCUUACUCUCUUUGCCAACGUAGAGGAGAGAAAAAGGACUACUGUAGCGGAGAGAGGGUAGAAGAGGGGACACCAGCGCGCACUUUGCCUCACUGAUGAGAGUCUGGAAAUUAAUUAACAGCCGCCGGCAGAGAGGGGGGAGCGCACAGAGGGGAUCAGAGUGAGGUGCAAGACGACAGCAAGGGGGCGAGUUGAUAGGUGUGACAGGAGCAGGCUGAGCAGGGAGGCUGAGACACUUUUUAGACACAAAAAGGACAAGUUAGGGUAAAGACGUGAGGGGGGGAUCAAGCCGCUCUGCUCUGCUCUCAUGCAUCCUUUCCUCUUUCAUUCAUAACACCAUCUUUUUUUUUCCCAUCCUUUCUUCUUCUUUUCUUGUUUUCUUUUUCAUGCAUGUCAGCAGAAGCACAUCAACCACAUGCUGAACAAUCAGCAGCCACUUCCACCACAGUGUAGCAAUUCUCAUUCUCAGUGGACGCUACUGAUUCAAAGAAGUUGAUUGGCUGAUGCAGGGGUGCUCUUACCUCCUGUCCAAGGGUACCUGCUCAGGAAUUUCUCAUGAGACCAGGUAGGACGUUUCAGGAUCAUUUUAGCGACCCAAAGCAGCUGGAGUGGUCGAGUCAGAGCCCUCUGGUGUUUUACCUGAUUGAACUGUUGAAGAGAUGAAACUGCAGACCAGUUUAUCUCUCCCAGCUGUGUUUGAGUGAUUACUGGGAUGUGCAGGUGUCUGUGUAUGUGUUGGGAUUAUGUCCUAAAUACACACUUAUACAGGUGUUGCAGCAGGAUUAUGCAAAGUCUCCUUCUGAAUAUAGUGGCUCUGCAGGAUUACUAUGAUCAAGUGAAUGGCAGCACAUGAUCUACCACAGAUUAACUCAGAUUAAGAGUGAUCUCCCUUAAUUAAAUCAGCCUUCCUGGGGAGUUAAAGGGGUUGCAAUUAUUAUGAGCUGAAGUGGAGGUAGGUCAGAAUAUCUAAAAAAAAUCCAACCCUCGAUGGAGUAACCUCUGGUCCCUUGUUGUGGACUUUUCUCAAACCAAAAGUGACUAUUGGUGACUUUAAAAGACUCGUUCAGCUUUUAUAAUGAGACGCUCGAGCACAGACGAGACUCCGUAUCGGCGUAGUCCAUCUCUGGACAGCAAACCAGACACGCCGCCGUUCAGUUCCGGGUUUCACCGCUUCAGCGGGGAGUUUGAGUAUAAGCGACCGCCCUUCGCGUUCGGCUUCCACACAACAAAGGGGCCGCAGUCGUCCAAGGGGCGCUACGCACAGGGGAAGAAGUAUGUGGUGUUUUACCUGGACCUUUCCUUCAUAUUCCUCCUAGAACUGCGGCGCUGCAGGAUGGCUGAGGGUUGCAUGAUGGCCCUGCGAUACGGAAUGGUGUUCUUCAACCUCCUCUUUUGGCUGGGGGGAUGUGGCAUACUCGGGGUGGGAGUCUGGCUCUCGGUGACCCAGGGAAACUUUGCCACACUGUCAUCAUCUCUUCCCUCCCUGUCGGCAGCCAAUCUGCUCAUCGCGGUGGGGACGAUCAUCAUGGUGAUUGGCUGUCUGGGCUGUGUGGGAGCCGUCAAAGAGAGCCGUCCUCUGCUGCUCACGUUCUUCAUCCUCCUCCUGCUCAUCUUCUUCCUGGAGAUUCUGUCCAUCAUGCUUUUCUUCAUCUACCAAGACGAGAUUGAUGACUACGCACAGAGGGAUCUGAAGAAGGGCCUCCAGCUGUUCGGCACGGAGGGCAACGUGGGUUUGACCAACGCCUGGAUGAUCGUACAAACCGAUUUUCGAUGCUGUGGUGUUACCAACCACACAGACUGGUUUGAAGUGUAUAACGCCAGCCGUGUGCCGGACUCCUGCUGCCUGGAGUACAGCGACAACUGUGGUCUGGACAACCCAGGGACAUGGUGGACAGCGCCGUGCUACGAGCGGGUGAAGGACUGGCUUAAUGAGAACCUUGUGGCACUUUGGAUCUUUGCUCUAUGUACAGCACUUACUCAGAUCCUGGGGUUGGUCUUCUCCAUGACGAUGUUCUGUCAGUCGGUGAAAGUAGAGACCUUUUACGCCUAGCCGUCGCCCUCGCUGCCCUUCAGCACGCUUGGAUUGUUUAUCAUCAAAGAGGGACAGAUAUAGACCCCCCCCCUCCUCCUCCUUCCCCCCCGCCGAACAGACUCUUCUCUCUGACGCUCGUCCUUUCUGUGACAUUCCCUCUCGGGUGACGUCUGUUCACAGUUUUCUGCUAACUAUCAACAAGCACAGUGUCAGUGUAAUACCUGAGUUGGUUCCUAUGGUUUGCUCUGUGUAAAAGCUAAUUUCUGUGAUACAUUUUAUGAAGCAGUAUUAUGAACGUGUAUAAAAAGAAAAAGUGUAACCUACCCCUUUUUUAAUAUGUGUUUUGUUUUAAAUUAUUUUAUGGUUUGUAUGUGUUUAUGAAAAUGCGAGCUACCGUUGGGAAGGUGCACAAAAGAAGUGCUGCAAGUGCAUGUCUCCUGCCAUGGUGUGUAUUAAA